AUGUGGCACGGCAUAAUUUGUUUUCUGUUUAUAAUGAUUACAUUGACACGAUUCGUAUUCUUAUCACAGUCAUCUCUUCUAAAGCUUAGUGAAGUGAUAACACGUAUCGAGAAAACAAAAGGAACGGAUAUGAACAUGUGCAAUGAAACCGACAAAAUUGACAAUUGGAAGAUAUAUUGCAGCAAUUUAAUAGUUGCAGCGAUGGAUCUGCACCGGAUUGAUGUAGAAUCAAAGACAUUUGUUGACAGACCUUUGAAAGAUGAUCCAGAAGUUGUUUUGCAAGAAUUUAAAAAAGAAUUUGGAGGAAUUCCGCUAAAAGACAUAAAUGUGCGGAAACUCAAAGAUUUUCGAAAACGUUUUUUUGGUGAGCCGGGAACGGAAAUGAACACUUGCUUUAUUCCGGAAUGGAAGGAAUUACCACCGAAAAUCGCUCGGAUAAAAGAUGAAUCAUUGAAACUUUUUGCGCUAUUUUUGAAUCGAAAAUGGAAAGACCUAUGCAGACAAAUAGUUAAAGUCGAAAACCCGAAAUGGAAUUCUUUGAUCGAAGUACCCCAUCCAUUCAUUGUGGCAGGCGGUCGAUACAGGGAAUUCUACUAUUGGGACACAUAUUGGAUCGUGAAAGGUUUAAUUGCGAGUGACCUCUUCAUGAUGGAUAUCUUCUAUUUCAGAUUUGGUUUUAUACCGAACGGCGGACGUGUUUAUUAUUUAAGACGUUCACAUCCGCCGUUUCUCAUUCCAAUGGUAUAUGAAUAUUAUAUAGCUACUGAAGAUGUCAUUUUUGUUAAAGAAAAUUUCGAUCAUCUCGUGAGAGAAUAUGAAUUUUGGGUUCACAAUAGGUCAAUGAAAGUAAAAGAUAAAAACGGUUAUGAACAUGUUGUAUAUCAAUAUCGUGCUAUGUCAAAUAUACCUCGUCCGGAAUCAUUCCGAAAUGAUCUUCAAGCUGUUGCAGAAGUCGAAGAAAGUAAGAGACAAAAAUUCCUUCAGGAUAUUGCGUCAGCGGCGGAAUCUGGUUGGGACUUUUCGUCGCGGUGGUUCGCUGAUCGACGAACAAUAAAAACGAUUGAAACAACUAAUAUCUUACCUGUAGAUCUGAAUGCAUUGCUUUGUUGGAAUGUUAAUAUUCUCAAAUAUUUCGCUGACGUUAUCGGUAAUAAGAAGAAAGCAAAAGAAUUUGAGGAAAGAGGAAAGAAUGCUUCAGAAGCCUUUAAUGCCAUAUUUUACAAUGACGUAGAAAAGGCUUGGUUCGAUUACAACUUACGCACCGAAUCGCAUAACGUCAUGUUUCAUCCCGCCGUGGUGAUUCCUCUAUUCACAGGCUGUUAUUCAAUGUUGGAUUACCAUAAAUCGGUCAAUGUUAUUCAUUUUAUGAAUCGAUCACGCGUGCUUGAUUAUCCGAGCGGUAUACCGACAAGUAUAAAUAAAACUGGAGAACAAUGGGAUUUACCGAACGGUUCACCCCCAAUGCAGCAUAUGAUCAUUGAGGGGAUGCGAAAAUCCGGCAAUCCCGAGGCUCAGCGAAUAGCAUUCGAACUGGCACGAAAAUGGAUAAUGGCUAAUUAUAAGAUGUAUCAGACAACCAAGGAAAUGUGGCAAAAGAUUGAUGUCACUCGGACAAUUCCCGCUCCAGGAAUUGGCGGCGAUCACGCCGCACAGAUUGGUUAUGGUUGGACAAAUGGCGUUAUUCUAGAUCUUCUUGUUACUUAUUAUGACCGAAUGACUAUUAGAGAUGCGGAGGAGAAUAUAUCCCCUGGAUCUACGAGACCCUGUCGUAGUAAAGCAUAUCGCAUCGAUUACAUUACGAUUAAAUUCAUAAUUCUCUGCGCCAUUAUUUUUUAUUUCUUUAAAUUUUAG